UAAUAUUGACAAAAAAAAAACCAAUUCUGAAAGUGGAAAUAAGCUUGCAUAAACAUAAUUCCACAUUCAUGAAACACAAGCAAAAUAAGUCUAACGUAAAUGGACACAUUCCGUUCAGGACAAUUACCAUAAGAAGUGCAUUUAUUUACUACAACACUGUUAUACGUUUAAAGAAUAAGGCAAAUAGUUUUGACCAAAUAUUCGCAGUUAAUAAGGGGGAAGAUCCGGGUGCGCAAAAGUUAGAGGAGCGAGACAGCUGCACGGUGGCUGUCAUUGACACGCAGGAGCAUGGCUCAAACCUGGGGGAGCUUUCUCUUUUCGCUACUCGAUUACAAAACAGAGAAAUUUAUCAUCGCCAAAAACAAGAAGGUCGGAGUAUUAUUCAGACUCCUUCAACUGGGCGUGAUUGGAUAUCUGAUCGGGUGGGUGUUUAUUUGGAAGAAAGGAUAUCAGGAGACAGAGGAAGCCAUCCAGAGUUCUGUUUUCACCAAACUUAAGGGUGUAGAUCUUACCAACAGCAGCACACACGGUCUUCAGCUAUGGGGUGCAGAGGAUUAUGUCAUCCCUUCGCAAGGGGACAGGGUCUUCUUUAUUGUGACAAAUUACCUAGUGACACAAAACCAAAGAUUGAGUUUCUGCCCUGAGAAUCCAAAGGUGCCAGAUGGUUUAUGCAAUUAUCACAAUGACUGCGUGGAAGGGGAAAGUGUCAUAGCAGGCCACGGAGUGAAGACAGGAUUCUGCAUAAACCACACAAAGACAUGUGAGAUUCAUGCCUGGUGCCCUGUUGAGCAAGGCCUUACACCACAGGAGCCCAUGUUGGCAAAGGCAGAGAACUUCACAGUCUAUGUAAAGAACUUCAUCAAGUUUCCAAAAUUUGGCUUCUCCAAAUCAAAUGUCCUGACCAGAAAUAGCACAUAUCUGAAGACAUGCACAUAUGAUAGAAAUGAUCACCCCUACUGUCCUAUCUUUCGUGUGGGAGAUGCAAUAGAGAGGACUGGCUACAAUUUUCAGGAUUUAGCAAAAAAGGGUGGAGCUAUUGGAGUUGGAAUUGAGUGGAAUUGUAAUUUGGAUAAAGAUGAAUCACAUUGUAUCCCUGAAUAUAGCUUCACACGGUUGGAUGCUUCUGAAAAUUCAGCCAACUCUUUCACUUCGGGUUAUAACUUCAGAUUUGCUCGAUAUUUCAAAGAUGCAGCAGGGGAGACCUAUCGAAAUCUAUAUAAAGUGUAUGGCAUUCGAUUUGAUAUAAUGGUGAAUGGAAAGGCUGGAAAAUUCAACAUUAUUCCUACAAUGAUCAAUAUAGGCUCUGGACUUGCACUAAUGGGCGCCGCAGUUUUCGCCUGUGACAUGAUUCUUCUCUACAUGAUGAGCAAGAGCUCCUUCUACCGAGAGACAAAAUUUGAGGCAAUAACCAAAAAACAACCUAGAAAGCACAAAGAGAAAAAGCAUAGACAUCAUGGUCAUCAUCGCCAUACUAGACGACACAAGCGGGAAGAAAAAGAGGCAGCAGAGAUGCAGCCACUGACAUCAGUAAUAUCUCAGUCCAACAGUAACCCAGAGAAAGAAAUUCAGCCCAUGGGGUCAUCACUGAAAACACACAGUCCUGAGAGAAAGCCACUGGGUUUAUUAUCAUUGAGGACUCAACCGGGUACAGAAAAACAGGCGACUUCUCCUGUUUCGCCCUUAAAAACGCACCACAACCAGUAGAAGAUUUUACUGACAUUAAAUCCCACUGGAAAUACUGUGGAUGUACAAAGGUAUGACAACGGAUCAAUGCACUGUGCCAAAGCAGGAAAGUUUCAGUCCUGUUGUUUCAACUUUUCUAGUUUUUAAGGUGGCAAUGGAAGUUUUUGUUACAAAUUAUUUAUGAGUAGCCUACACCAGACCUUAAAGAUUAAAGUAAAUUAUUAAACUGUAUAAUUUAUUAUAUAUCUGACCUCGGCAUCAAAAUUAUGUUUGGAAAACAGACAUAAUUGUCAAGCCAUGGAUGAAUGAAUAUUGAAACUUGAAAAUGCCUGCAACACCUCACUGCUUUUAUUUCAAAUAAAUUUAUAAAGGGGAA